GCUGGUAGCUCUGCAAUUUGUGCGUAAACAGCUGAUUGCCUUAUUUAUGAAUAUUUUUGGAGCGGUUUCUUUACUUAUUUUAAGUUAAUUUGUGUAUUCUUAAGUUCAUACAUUGCAAAUGGAGGUUUUAAAGCAAGGCGCAGAAGGUCGCCUUUACCUUGGUGAAUUUAAAGGAGAAAAGUGUUUGGUAAAAGAGCGUUUUAUUAAACAUUACCGUCAUCCAGAAUUAGACACACAGAUUACAAGACAACGAAUCAAAGCGGAGACAAAAGCGGCUACUCGAUGUCAAAACGCUGGAAUAUUAGCACCACGUAUUUUGCAUACUGAUCUAAAUGAACGUAAAAUUUAUAUGGAAUAUUUUGGAGACGCCAUCACGGCCAAAGAAUUAAUUCAACGUGUUGUAGCUGAUCAUACAGUGGAGACAGCGGAAGUAGUUUUGAAAAAUCUUUGCAGACAAGUCGGUACAAUAAUUGGAAAAUUGCAUGCAAAUAAUAUAAUACAUGGGGACCUGACAACUUCUAACAUACUUAUCAAUCCCAAAAGUGAAAAUAAGGAUUUUAAAGAUCACGACGUUAUCUUUAUUGAUUUCGGAUUGAGUCAUUACAACCAAGCAGCGGAAGACAAAAGUGUCGAUUUAUACGUACUGGAAAGAGCGCUUCUUAGCACACACAGUGAGCAACCAUAUCUAUUUGAUUACAUUUUAGAAGCUUACCGUAAAGAAUGUGGCAAGGAUGAAGGAGCUAUUCUUUCUAAAUUCGAAGAAGUGCGAGCCCGGGGACGAAAACGUACUAUGAUUGGCUAAAAAGACGUUUAUCGAAAAAUUUGUUUCAUUUUUAUUUUAUUAUCAAAAGCUUGAUUGACUCUUAAUCCUAACAUAGCUUGUAAACACAACAAAAAAUAAAACAUAGAGCAAAUUUUACUACUCUAA